GAGUUCAGCUUUGUAAGAUAUAAAGAGGCAGUUCCUGCAGUCUUCUACAAGUUGUGAAUAUGCCUUAAUUACUGAAGCCAUCAAAUAUGAGCAACUAAACACAGACAUGUGAUUACUAUGCUGUGUGGUCAACUAACAGGCUCCAAUAACAAUUCUGAACACCUAAAAUGGCAAGUUUAGCAGCGGGGGGGAGGGGGGUUACUUGUACUUUUUACAUGUGGAUUAUUUCAAAUCAAGGCAGGCUGUUACAACCACCCCAGCCAGGGAAGUCCCUAUAAAGCUUUCACUGACACUUUUCUUUCUAAAAGGGAGACAUUUUCUAGUUUAGCCAAAAGAGUCAAGUCAGUUUCUCCACCCUCUUUCCAGACUGGUCACCUGAGGCUGAAGUACCAACUUCCUACAUUUCCAGAAUAAUCCACAUCAAGACAGCCCCUUUCCAUCGAGGUAGGGAUUCCAUUCUACCCAGGAACCUAGCCAAGAAAGUUUUUGUGGCCUAUCGUCUAAUUUUUACCAGCCACCAACCCAAAGCCCACUGUCACCUACAAAAAGCCAGGACAAUCACGAAACCUCCCCUAUGAGUGUCAGUAAUCUCCCAUCCAUGUCCUCGGUGUACCAACCAAGCAUGUUUAACUACGAGCGUCCAAAACAUUUUAUCCAGUCUCAGAAUACGUGUCAAGGGAAACUGCAGCCUCCGGGACCCAAGACAUCUGCAUUGUCAAGCAGUCAAACCAAACAGUCAUCAAUUCUAAUCCAGCCUCAUAACUCUAGCGAGCGGAAGUUUUCUUCGUCUUCAUCGCUGAGCUCCCCAAUCUUUCUCUCCUCGUCUUCCCAUAGCUCCCACAAGGAAUCUGCAUUUCCCAUCACACCUGCAUCUGCACAGUCUCCUGCUACCUCCUCAUCUGGGCAAAGGCUUUCAUCCAUGCAUAACCAGUCCCCGGCAGCAUUCCUCUGCUCAGUGUUGCCCUCACAGUCUGAUUAUAAUAGCCAAGCUCCUUCUACUGUGGAAUCUAAUAGUUACUCAAAGCCAAUGUAUACCAAACAAGCUAGCACCAAGCCAACAUACAAGACUUCAGAUCGAGAGAUACAAGGAACAAAAGAAGCCCUCAUUCAAGACCUGGAAAGGAAACUGCGAGGCAAAGACAACCUUCUUCACAAUGGCAACCAGCGGCUAACCUAUGAAGAGAGAAUGGCUCGCAGGCUGCUUGGACCAGAAGAUGCUGCUUCUGUGCUUGUAACGCAAAAUGAAGAAAAAGGGCAGAACUCACAGCAGCAGAAUUCAGAAAACACAAGACUACAGGUUCCUACACCACAAAUCAGGAGCAGACCAUCCUCAAGAGGGGAGAGGAAUGAGCAAGGCUCAAUCCAGGAGAAGUUUUUUCAACCACGUUUUGUGCAAGUGCCUGAAGACAAAAUAACUGUUGAAGAGGGACGAUUUUGCAGGAUUGACUUCAAAGUCAGCGGGCUACCAGCUCCAGAUCUGGUAUGGUAUUUAAAUGGAAGGUUGGUCCACCCAGAUGACUUUCAUAAAAUGAUAGUGUCUGAAAAGGGCUUCUAUUCACUCAUUUUUGAAGUGGUCAGAGGCUCUGAUGCAGGGACAUACGAAUGUGUAGCCUCCAAUCGUGCUGGAGAAGCCUCCUUUACAGUACAACUGGAUGUAACUGCAAAAGAACAUCAGAAAGCUCCAAGUUUUAUCUUCAAACCACAAAGCAAAAGAGUUUAUGAAGGGGAUUCAGCCAGACUGGAAUGUCAGAUUUCUGCCAUCCCUACGCCACGGAUUUACUGGAAAAGAAACAAUGAAAUGCUACAAUAUAAUACAGACCGAAUAAGUUUGUUCUAUGAUAAUCCUGGAAAGAUUUGCCUUCUAAUCCAUGACGUAAAUAAGAAAGAUGCCGGUUGGUACACAGUAUCUGCAGUCAACGAGGCAGGAGUGGUCACAUGCCACUGCAGACUGGAUGUUGCAACUCACACAUACAAGCCAGUUCCAACCCCCAAGCAGCUGAAGGUUCGACCGACUUUUAGCAAAUACCUGGCAUUCAAUAGUAAAGGACUGGAUGUGAAACCAGCUUUCUCACCAGAAGGAGAGUUUGAACGGCUGGCUGCUCAGUCUGGACUGUAUGAAAGUGAUGAACUUUAACAUGGAAAAAGAGGAGGAAAACACACUUAUGUAACAGACCCAUAUCGUAACUCCACAUAUAUGCAGUUAAGGGGCGGUUGCUCUAACUAGAAAACAUACCUACAUAUUUUAUUUAUAAUUUGACUCGUGCACGUUUCCUGCUGUUCUGAUUUACCAAGGUAGUACUCUAUUUGUAUGGAUUGGUGAAUAUAGCAGAUAACGCUCAAAUGUUGUAUUUUAACUGUAAAGCCUAAGAAACCAGGGCAGUUGGUGGUGAUGAAAGUGUAGGUUUAACUACAUCUAUGCUCAGUUACAAGGAAAAGCAUGUUUAUUUGUACUGCUUUCUUAAUAUCACCACUCUCAGUAACACAACUUUGUGCUGCCUGAAUACUAAAACCAAAUAGACUUGAAUGUUUUUAUGUGGGUUUAUGUCAAAUGCAAAUAAAGUACUAAAUAUAAAAUACA